AAUAUGUUUUGUUAUGUUACAGUUGAACGCCAUAAAUAAAUUGAGAAACACAGUUUGAAAACAGAUUCGUUUUUUGAUCGCGUACAUUUUUAACGUUAUCUCACGUGGUCCCUUCACCGGCAUUUUCUACGUCAACGUUGUUUUAACUUCACGAAACAAAUAGCGAAUCGUCGCGUCUAACUCGUUUUAGCACAUCAAGCUACAAACCCGGAAGUCAUGGCAGACGUCGGCGUCAAAGCAGGAGAUCAGGUUCUGUUUGUUUGGGCUCAGCCUUCAUCACCAGACACCCUAAAACAGUACGCAGAAGAGCUGGGAGCUGCUGUUGGGGCCGAUGGGAAAGUGUCAGUGGAGAACAUGGAGAGACUGCUGCUGUCCUCUCACCCAGCAUCCACCUUUGACUGCGUGCUCUCCUGCCUCCUGGCUGACAACUUUACCUUCCACAGUUUAGAAACUCUGGCAGAGAUGACCCGAGUUCUGAAACCUGGAGGGAAACUUGUUCUAGAAGAAGCAGUAACUGGAUCUGAUCUACAAACUAUAAGGACAUCUGAGAAGUUGACAUCAGCUCUGAAAAUGUCAGGAUUCACCUCAGUGACAGAGGUCAGUAGAACAGAACUGAGUCCAGAAGUCCUGAACUCUCUCAGGACGACCACCGGUUACCAAGGAAACGACUUGUCUAGAGCCCGGUUGUCAGCUUCCAAACCAAACUAUGAGGUCGGAUCAUCCUGUCAGAUUAAACUAUCAUUUGGGAAGAAGACGUCAACACCAGCAGAGAAACCUGCUCUGGAUCCUAACACUGUUAAAAUGUGGACGCUCUCUGCCAAUGACAUGAACGAUGACGACGUGGAUCUGUUGGACUCUGACGCUCUGCUGGAUGAAGAUGACAUGAAGAAGCCAGACCCCAGUUCCCUCCGAGCCGCCAGCUGCGGAGAAGGAGCGGGAAAGAAGAAGAAAGCCUGCAAGAACUGCUCAUGUGGUCUGGCUGAAGAGUUGGAGCAGGAGAGUAAAGGACAACAGAAGGCAAAUCUACCAAAGUCUGCCUGUGGAAGUUGUUACCUCGGUGAUGCGUUCCGAUGUGCGAGCUGUCCGUAUCUGGGAAUGCCCGCCUUUAAACCAGGAGAGAAGAUCGUACUGGACAACACCACAUUACAGGACGCUUAAAACAAAAAUUUAUGUUUAAUACUUAACAAAAAAAAUGACAUUCCCUUUUUCUCCUGUCUCUGCUACACUGACUGAUGCAAAAGGUUCUUUGAAGUGAGAUUUUUACAUUUUCCCCUGUCUUCUCUCUCAAAGUCUGACAUAUAAAUCAGCAAUAUCACAGUGUGUCACUGGCUCUGCGGCUGGGACCAAAUAUUAUUAACAACUGCUCAUAAUGAUCACAGAACAUCUCAAAUCAUCUUGAAUUCAAAUAAAGCAUAAAAACACU